AUGAGCCAGCUCCAGAAUGAGUACGACCCCUACGCAGUGGAAGAGCCUAGCGCACCCACUUUGAGCAGUUCUGAAGAUGAAAUGGAUGUGCUUUUACAUGGAACUCCUGACCAAAAAAGAAAACUCGUCAGAGAAUGUCUUACUGGAGAAAGUGAAUCCUCUAGUGAAGAUGAAUUUGAAAAAGAAAUGGAAGCUGAAUUAAAUUCCACCAUAAAAACAAUGGAGGACAAGUUAUCCUCUCUGGAAACAGGGUCUUCCUCAGGAACUGGAAAAGUUGGAACAGCUCUGACAAAGUACUAUGAUGAUAUAUAUUUUGAUUCUGAUUCUGAAGAUGAGGACAAAACAGCACAGGUAACCAAGAAGAAAAAGAAAAAACGACACAGGAUUCCAACAAAUGAUGAGUUAUUAUAUGAUCCUGAAAAAGAUAACAGAGAUCAGGCCUGGGUUGAUGCACAAAGAAGAGGCUACCAUGGUCUUGGAAUACAGAGACCAUAUCAACAACGGCCUAUUCCAAAUAGUGAUGCUGUCUUGAAUUGCCCUGCCUGCAUGACCACACUAUGUCUUGAUUGCCAAAGGCAUGAAUCAUACAAAACUCAGUAUAGAGCAAUGUUUGUGAUUAAUUGUUCUGUCAACAAAGAGGAGGUUCUAAGAUACAAAAUCCCAGAGAAAAGGAAGAAAAGGCGAGGCCAUAAGAAGAUGAGGUCUAACCACGAAGACACUGCAGAGCAGACAGAGGCACAAGCGGAAGAAAUCUAUCACCUGGUCAUGUGCACCGAAUGUUCCACAGAAGUGGCCGUCUAUGACAAGGACGGAGUCUUUCAUUUUUUCAACGUUUUAGCAAGUCAUUCUUGAAUAGUUCAGUUGGCAUUUAAUUGCCCAAUACAAUAUAUAAGGCAAACAUGGACAGUUAUUACCC